CAAGCCUUUAACUUAGCGGCUGAUGGAAGAUCCAAAUGGCGGGCGGCCCAACUAGAAGUAAAUCUACUCCAAACUUCGCAGGUGAAGAUCUCCAGGAAGCCUUAACGACCUUUUUUAUUUCUGCUUUUGUAAUCUUCAAGCCUCAUCCCACAGCAGACUGUUCUACGCGAAAAACACAUCCGAAAACAUUGAAACCCUCGUCCUACCGCAAUCAUGAACGGACAACCUGAAAACCCAGAAGAGAUUGAUCUCUACGAGAUCCUCGGUGUACCUAAAGACGCCGCUCAAGCCGAUAUCAGAAAAGCCUACCGCAAAGCCGCCCUUGCAAACCACCCCGAUAAAGUCCCCGAAGACCAAAGAGCCGACGCUGAGGUCCGAUUCAAGGCUGUCAGUCAAGCUUAUGAAAUCCUAUCCGAUGAAGAGAAACGACAUCUUUACGAUGCGCAUGGCAUGGCCGCCUUCGACGGCUCAGGAGGUCCUGGUGGCAUGGGUGCCGAAGUCCACAUGGAAGAUAUUUUGAACAUGUUCGGAAUGGGCGGCGGUAUUCCCGGUAUGGGCGGGAUGGGAGGUGGAAUGGGAGGACGCAGAAAGAUGCGACGAAGCCCCGAUGAAAACCAGAAAUAUGAGGUCACUCUAGAGGAUCUCUACAAAGGCAAGACCGUCAAAUUUUCCAGCACCAAGAACGUCAUCUGUUCGAAGUGCAGUGGCACCGGUGGCGUGGAGAAGGCUAAGCCCAAGGAAUGUUCUUCCUGCAAGGGUCAAGGUGUCAAACAGAUCUUGAGCCAGGUUGGUCCGGGAAUGUUGACUCAGCGUAUGGUUGAAUGUGGGGCUUGUGAAGGGACUGGUGAAGUCUGGAAUCCUAAGGACAAAUGUAAGAAGUGCAAAGGCAAGAGGACGACAGAAGAGAGGAAACAAUUGGAGUUGUAUAUCCCGCGGGGUGCGAAGGAAGGUGACCAGAUCAAGCUGGAAGGUGAAGCCGAUCAAGUCCCUGGUGCGGAAGAGACGGGCGACAUCAUUUUCCACCUUGUUGAACAACCGCACGAGGUCUUCCAGCGGACUGGUAACGAUCUCUCUGCCAAACUUGACAUCACACUUGCAGAAGCCCUGACUGGUUUCCACCGUGUUGUUCUCAAGCACUUGGACGGCCGCGGUAUUGAAUUAAACCAUCCUCAGAUCCCAGGCCAGGUCCUGCGACCCGGCGAGGUCCUUAAGGUGCCGGGUGAAGGAAUGCCAAUGAAGAGAACAGAUGCAAAGGGCGAUUUGUAUCUUGUUGUCGAAAUAUUGUUCCCCGAAGAUGGCUAUUUCACGGAUGACGCUGCGGUUGAGAGUCUGCGGAAACUAUUGCCAGGACCACCACCAGUCAUUGAAGCCGAAGAGACUGACGAGGUCGCGUUUGAAGUCGCUGAUAUUGACGACAUUGGUGGACAAGCAGGACAGAACGCGUGGGAAGACGAUGAGGAGGGUCCUCAACAGGCUCAGUGCCAGACCCAGUAAACGAAUGCGACGAGUUAUGAUGGUAGGGGACCAGAAGAUGAGGCAGAGGCUGAUACCAUGGGUCUUGUCCUUGUCUCGAAAGUUGAGCAGCAAGCAUUAGACGGCGUUUCUGGGAUCAAAAGCAUUUCCAUGGCGUUGCGGUAGACUUGAUGAUUGGUAUAAC